AAAAUGUGAAACAUUACCAAUAUCAUACAGAUAAUAGAAAGAAAAAAAGGAAUAGAUUGUAAUAUACUAUGGAAUCUGAUGAAGGAUACAUAUAUAAAUCUCCUUCUGUAGUUUGGCCCCAAAAAGGCUUACUUUUAUACGGAUCUGGAACAGUUUUAUACGUUUUCGACUACAAAGAAUCCAAAUUAUCCAAAAAGUUACAAUAUUCUGAGCCAAACCAAUUUGUUCGGAGUAUUUAUAUUGACGAGGAUUCAGUUGUAGUUGGGUUUGAUAACAAGGUUUUUACCGUUUAUGACAGCUCUUUUAACGUAUUAUUAACUAGAAAAUUUAAUAAAAAAAUCUCAUUUAUCGCAUUAUCUGAGGGCAAUGUCAUUAUCUGUGAUUUCUUCGGGGAUGUUUCCAUUCUGAAAUUGGACUUGGAUUCUAUUAAAAGUUCUAAAAAUAGAAACAUUGACUCAAAAUUGGCAGAAGAAAAGAAUAUUAAAGCAUCAGAAGAUACCACUAGGAACAAACUAACUAGUGGCAGUGGAGAUGUAAUCGUUCCCUUUUCUCAUUAUAGUACCAUAACAUCAUCAUUGAUCUACAAUGAUUUACUGUUUACUGGAAAUAAGGAUGGAAAGAUAUUCGUCAAUUCUUUAUCAAAUUUGCACGAAAUAAAGAACAUUUACUUAUCACACAAAAUGUCAAUUAGUUGUUUGGAUGUAAGGGAGGAUUUGAAUUUACUACUUUCUCUAUCCAUUGAUGAUACCAUACGGUUUUGGAAUAUUAAAACAGGUUUGGAAGUGUACAGGAUUAUUAUUGAAAAUAUGAAAUGCUUAAGUUAUUACUUUAAAACUAGAAGAAAUUUGAUCAUUCUGCUUUGCUUGGACGAGAUUCUUGUAAUCAAUUUCAGUUUUAUUAAAUUACAAUUACUUGGUUAUCAAGUGUACAAAUUACCCUUCACAGCCCAAAUGUGUACAUUUUUAGAAGAUACGCUGUUCAUAAUUGACGAUUAUUCAAGUUUAUACAAAAUUGACAGUAUUAAUGGAGUUGGUACAGAUUGUAAAGUAACUGGGAAUAAAAUAGCAAUACCAGUCAACUCAACAGUGUUGGAAAAUGUAGUGUGUAUUUACAAAGGCGACAAUAAAUGCAACAAGAUAAAUAUUAAAAAGAAUGUUAACGUGUAAUAUAUAAUUCUAAAACAUUUAACUCCUCUUUAAGAUUCUUUAACAAGUUGUUUCCAUGUAAUUUAUCCGAUUUA